UCUGACUUUGGUGAAAAAGGGCGAAUGUGGGGGAAAUUUCGCUCGUUUUUAAUUUUCAUAAACAGGUAGUUCAACUGAUUGAGAAAUUUUGUGCUCCAAUUCAUUGCAACAUCGAAGUGCAAUGCUCGAUUGGGUGGAUAAGGUAUUUAUUGCAUGCUGACCUUAGCAGUAUGAAGCGCACCUGACCUUCGCCUAGGGAGUGCAUGCUAACGUAGUGAACACCCAGAUUCUUUGGAAACACAUACAGAGAGAGUUUAAAAUUUCUAGUCCUGGACUUUCCUGGAAACAGUAAUAUCCAUUUAACAGUGUAUAUCAAGCCUUCAGAUACAAGGUUAGCAACCGAGCACAGGUAUCGACAGUAAUAGGGGAUUGGUGGAUCAGGGUUGUGGUUCCAAACUGGAAGAAGGCCAAAUUUGAAGAAAUGAGGAAGGAUCUAAAAAGCGUGGAUUGGACAGGCUGUUUUCUGCAAAGGAUGUGAUCGAUUGGCGGGACGAUUCGCAAAUCUUCGACAGAGGUCGACGCAGAUAUAAAUGAACAACAUUCCAGCGAGAAUGAAUCUGGCGGAAAAAGGCUACAAAGUAUAGAAACUGAAGGAAUUCUGUGGACAAUUGAAAAGAAACAACCGCAGAAGUAAAGUUACGGCAGACACAUCGGACGAAAGAGGAAUGAAACGGGAUUUCGAACUCUAAGAUGUUCACUUGAAGAAUGAGAGGAUUGUCUGCAGCUGUCUUCCUCUGUCAUCACCUUCAACAGUUAUAUCAGGACAAAUUCCAUCUAAUGGAGUAGAACCACGCUUUGAUAAAUCUUUAGUAUCUUUGCGUAUAUGGCUUAAAAGAUGUAAGAUACUUUUCGAACCAAUGUGGGAAUAACUGCGCUGGGAGCAGAUCUCACCACUGAAGUGUAAUUUGGCCAGAACAGCAUUAUGGCAGCUUUCAACCAGAAACAGCACCAGGUUGAGGCCGGAGAACGGAACUGUGAUCAAAAAGAUAAGAAUCCCUCUCCCAGGGCGAAAAACACAUUUGGUAGCAGACUCAAAACUGGACUCAUUUGGGGUGUCAGGAAGACCUCAUGUAAAAAUGAGGUCGACAAAGAGGAAAUAGGCCAAUGUACGUCUGGGACUGGCGAAACCACUCGCAUAGCGGCAACGGAGAUCGAUAGAGGAUUAACAGAAAAACAUCGGAUCGGGAAUGAAUCCCCCACAACAAAGCUGCAAUAUAGAGGAACGGUAGAUGAGAUUGUAGGCAAAGCAAAAGGAAGACCUAUGAAAGAUAGGCACCGCGCCCGUAAUGAAAGUUGGAAGAAAGAAAUGGAAAUGACGGGUAAAUUUCUGUCAACGAGCGGACAGGAGCAAAAGUCGGGAAUAUCGGAUAGAAGAAUGAUAGUGGCGUGUGACAUGAACAUUAGCAAAACGGCGACAGAGUGUAAUAGAGGUACAAUAGAAAAAAGCCCCAUCGGUAAUGAAUCUGCCAGAACAAAGUUUCAAAAUAAGGAAACGGUAGAAGAUAAUGUAGGCAAAGCGAAAGCAAGACUCAUCAAAGAUGAGCACUGCGCCGGUAACGAAACUAGGAGGAAUAGAAUGGAAAUAACGAAUAAAGAUCUGGCAACUAGCGUACAAGAGGACAUACCAGGCACAUCGGAGAGAAGCUUGACACUGGAAGGAAAAGGGCACCAUGCCACUGGAAGUGAACCAGAGGGACGUUUGUCAGAGAGUAUUACACUACAAACUAUAGAAACUAAAGAAGAAACUGAAGGCAAGGCGCAAAAAGUACCUGCUGAAGAUGACCACCGUGGUGAUAUUGAAGGGACUGCACGGACGACUGGCGACAAACCGACGGAACUGGAAGCAGAUAAUAAACAACAAGGUGCCAGCGGAAAUGAAACUAGUACAGGCAAGGGACUAAAUACAGAAACUGAAGAAAAUAACGCAGACUACACGAAAAGGGAUCCCGUCGACAUUAGAAACUGCGCUGGCAACGAAAGUGAGAAGAAUCUUCGGGAAGAUAUGGGGAACGAUCGGGCAGCAUACCGACAAGAAGAAAACACACGAACAUCUGAGGAAGAAAGAAUGAGAGAGGAAGGAAAAGGGCACCAUGCCACUGGAAGUGAACCAGAGGGAAGUCUGUCAGAGAGCAUUACACUACAAACUAUAGAAACUAAAGAAGAAACUGUAGGCAAGGCGCAAAAAGUACCUACGGAAGAGGACUACCGUGGUGAUAAUGAAGGGACUGUUCGGACGACUCGCGAAAUAACGACAGAACAGGAAUCAGAUAUUAAACAACAACGUGCCAGCGGAAAAGAAACAAGUACAGGCAAGGGACUAAAUACAGAAACUGCAGAAAAUACCGGAGAUUACACGAAAGGAGAGCCCGCCGAAGUUAGGAACUGCGCUGGCAAUGAAAGUGAGAAGGAUAUUCUGGAAGUUAUGGGGAACGAUCCGACAGCAAGCCGACAAGAAGAAAUCACACGCACACCAGAGGAAGAAAGAAUGAAGGGGGAAGGAAAACGGCACCAUGCCACUGCAAGUGAACCAGAGGGAAGUUUGUCAGAGAGUAUUACACUACAAACUAUAGAAACUAAAGAAGAAACUGAAGGCAAGGCGCAAAAAGUACCUACGGAAGAGGACUACCGUGGUGAUAAUGAAGAAGGAAAUGGGCACCAUGCCAGUGGAAGUGAACCAGAGGGAUGUUUGUCAGAGAGUAUUACACUACAAACUAUAGAAAGUAAAGAAGAAACAGUUGGCAAGGCGCAAAAAGUACCUGCUGAAGAUGACCACCGUGGUGAUAAUGAAGGGACUGUUCGGACGACUCGCGAAAUAGCGACAGUACAGGAAACAGAUAUUAAACAACAACGUGCCAGCGGAAAUGAAACUAGUACAGGGAAGGGACUAAAUACAGAAACUGCAGAAAAUACCGGAGAUUACACGGAAGGAGAGCCCGCCGAAGUUAGGAACUGCGCUGGCAACGAAAGUGAGAAGGAUCUUCUGGAAGUUAUGGGGAACGAUCCGACAGCAAGCCGACAAGAAGAAAUCACACGCACACCAGAGGAAGAAAGAAUGAGGGGGGGAAGGAAAAGGGCACCAUGCCACUGGAAGUGAACCAGAGGGACGUUUGACAGAGAGUAUUACACUACAAACUAUAGAAACUAAAGAAGAAACUGAAGGCAAGGCGCAAAAAGUACCUACGGAAGAGGACUACCGUGGUGAUAAUGAAGAAGGAAAUGGGCACCAUGCCAGUGGAAGUGAACCAGAGGGAUGUUUGUCAGAGAGUAUUACACUACAAACUAUAGAAACUAAAGAAGAAGCAGUUGGCAAGGCGCAAAAAGUACCUGCUGAAGAUGACCACCGUGGUGAUAAUGAAGGGACUGUUCGGACGACUCGCGAAAUAACGACAGAACAGGAAUCAGAUAUUAAACAACAACGUGCCAGCGGAAAAGAAACAAGUACAGGCAAGGGACUAAAUACAGAAACUGCAGAAAAUACCGGAGAUUACACGAAAGGAGAGCCCGCCGAAGUUAGGAACUGCGCUGGCAAUGAAAGUGAGAAGGAUAUUCUGGAAGUUA